CCGUCGGGGUUUCUCACUGCGGUUCAAUCGACGUCAGCAGAUCCCGACAGCCUCAGGACCGACUUUCCUGCCCUUUUUGAGCCAGGACUUGGAAACAUUCAGGGGCCACCUGUGAAAUUCCACAUUCGAGAAGGCGCCCAACCGAAGUUCCACAAGGCGCGGUCAAUUCCUUAUGCUCUUCGUGAAAAAGUGGAAACUGAGCUGGACCGUUUAGUAGAGCAAGGCAUAUUAUCGCCCAUAGCACAUUCUGAGUGGGCGGCGCCAAUCGUACCAGUACUGAAGAAAGACGGUUCCCUUCGCAUCUGCGGCGAUUUCAAAACCACAAUCAAUGCUGCGUGCAUAACUGAGCAGUACCCUUUACCAAACAUGGAAGACAUUUUCGCGUCGCUACGUGGGGGAUCAUUUUUCACAACACUGGACCUUAAGGAUGCAUAUAACCAACUCCCAUUGGAUGAGGAGGCGAGGAAGUUGGCCGUGAUAAACACUCACAAGGGGUUGUUCUGCUAUAACCGUCUUCCGUUUGGAGUUGCCUCGGCUCCCGCGAUUUUUCAGCGGCGCAUGGAACGGUCCUGGCCGGUCUUCCAGCCGUGCAGGUGUAUUUGGACGAUGUAUUGAUAGCGGAACGUCAAGACGAUAAUGGCUCAGUGCUUCGGGACGUUUUGCGCAGGCUUCAAGAAAAUGGUAUCAAGCUGAAGGCCGAAAAAUGCCAUUUUCGCAAAGACUCAAUCGUCUACCUGGGCCAUCGCAUUGACAAAGACGGCUUGCAUCCGCUUGAGAAGAACCUAGCAGCAAUACGCGACUCGCCACGGCCUACGAAUGUGAGCGAACUGCGCUCUUUCUUGGGUCUGUUGACUUAUUAUCACCGGUUCUUGCCACACAUGUCAACGAUGCUGGCGCCGUUGUAUCUUUUGCUUGAAAAAGAGCAUAAAUGGCACUGGGGAAUGGCGCAGGAAAAUUCAUAUCUCAAGGCUAAACAAACACUUCUGAGUUCGCCUGUUCUGACGUAUUUCGAUCCCAACCAACCAGUGCGGUUGGAAUGCGAUGCGUCACCUUCGGGUUUAGGUGCCGUAAUCUCGCACCGAAUUGGACAAUUGGAUAAGCCCAUUGCUUUCCGUUCACGCACGUUAACACACGCCGAAAAGAAUUAUUCUCAGCUCGAGAAGGAAGCGCUCGCACUGGUGUUCGGAGUAACAAAGUUUCGAGACUACCUGCUGGGCCGCGAGUUUAUAUUGGUCACGGACCACCAACCACUGGUGGGGCUUCUACGAGAAGAUCGACCUGUGCCCCCAAUGGCGUCGGCACGUAUUCAGAGAUGGGCUCUGUUUCUAAGCCAAUAUAGCUACCGCAUAGAGUACAAGGCCGGCAAGGAAAACGCCAACGCGGACGCACUCAGCCGCUUGCCCGUGCCGAUAACAGACGUUUGUCGAUCGGGCACCUUACCAGAAUACGUAUUGUCUACAGAGACCCUCGACAGCUCGUUCGUGCCAGCGGAUGCCAUACGGGCGCUGACGAACGGAGAUGAAAACCUUAGCGUUGUGCAGCACUUUGUACUGAAGGGAUGGCCUAAACGCUUGUCACUGUGUCACAAUCACCUUCAACCUUAUUUUUGCAGAAGACUGGAGCUGUCAAGCGUAGAAGGCCUGCUCUACUGGGGUCAUCGCAUCGUCGUACCCUGCAUAGCGCGAGUCGCCAUGCUCGCUGAGCUACAUCGGUCACACCAGGGUGCAUCUGCGAUGAAAAGACUGGCUCGGACGCUGUUCUGGUGGCCUGGGUUGCAUGGUGAGAUCGAAAGCCUUGCACGUUCGUGCAUCUCAUGUGUACAAGCUCAGCCAAUGCCCCAUCGACAGGUUCCUAUCUGUUGGCCAGAAACGGGAACCAAAUGGUCAAGGCUUCACAUUGAUUACGCCGGACCGAUAGAGGGACGCAUGCUGUUGAUAGUCGUCGACUCGCAUACUAAAUGGAUUGAGGCACUUCCCGUCAAGUCGGCGACCACAGAAGUCACAAUUGCGCGGCUUCGAGAACUGUUUGCGCGUUUUGGCUUGCCGCAAACAGUUGUAUCAGAUAACGGGCCUCAGUUUGCAAGUCAGCAGUUUUCCCAGUUCAUGACUGUCAACAACAUAACUCAUCUACGUAGUGCGCCGUACCACCCACAAUCUAAUGGUCUCGCAGAGCGUGCGGUCCGCACAAUAAAGGAUGGCCUUCUUAAGCACUCGAUGGUGAACGAUCUCGAAACAAAACUAGCGCGAGUGCUCCUAGGCUAUCGACGUACCCCACUGCCGUGCGGCAAGUCUCCUUCAGAGAUGCUGCUGACCUACCAAAUUCGUUCGCGCUUGGAUACUUGCAUCCCUUCUCUACCUCAAAGUUACUCGCAGCCUCCCAGAUACCAGUCCGGCGACCAGGUGUGGGUGCGCAACUUUGGCCAAGGGGAGCGUUGGCGUCCAGGCAUCGUCAAGAGCAUAGAGGGUUCACGCCUUGUAACGGUCGACACUCCAGAUGGCCUAGCCAGACGUCACUUCGACCAAAUUUUCCGUCGCGUGCCUGUGUCACCCGUGACCCCAAAAGCGGAGGCGUCCGAGUCGCUUCAACCCAGCCCGGACAACAAGAGUCGGUCAACGUCAACGCCAGAAGCCCGGUGCAGCCUGGCCACUCCAGAAGCGAGUGGCGCUGCGCCUGUUCCUUCGACAACACCUCCAACAUCCGUCCCAGCCGAACAGGCUCUCUCUCCCCCAAGUCGCCGGUCUUACGGAGGUCUACCCGACAACGAAGACCCGUGCAAAGACUGCAGUUUUAAAAGAAAGGGAGAAGUGAUAUGAAGUGCUGUGCCACACGUGUCAAACAUGAUUCGUUGUUUUUAUGUUACGUCAUAGGCAAGCAGCCUAUAUAUCUAGUUCGCUGUCGCUGAAAUAAAACAGUGCGGUACGUGCU